CCAAUGGCGUGUCGAGACAGCGGGGACAGUAGGAUUUUACUAUGUUUAGGAGUUUUACUGGUUGCUAGUUCAUUUAGCCAUUGCACAAGACUGACAAAGCCUAAAGCCUUGGAUACACUAAGAAGAAACUCUACAAGUAGCAAUGGGCAAGCUAAAGGAAGUGAACAGCACCAUGGAAGACUCUUAAUAGGGCUACAUUCUCAGCAAGGAACCACAAAGAACCUUCUGGAUGCUGAUGCAGAUUACCAAGAUGACAUGGCUUCGGAUGAAGGCUAUUCAAAGCAAAACAGUGAGGCAGUGGAACGUCUUCUCAAAAUGGAACCAAAGGUUGAAUGUACAGGCAACUCCAUGAGACUUGAAGUCCAAGAUGCUGCUUCUACCCCUGGAUCUCUCUUCUUUGUGGACAGGGGAAGUGGCUUGUCUCCACUGCCUUUGUCGAAGUUGCCACAAAGCUGCGGUUACACCAUCAGAUCAACACGGAGAGAUUUGGUCUUAGUUGCCCCUUACGAUGGCUGCUUUGUCGCUGUUGAGGAGGACUACUACGUUCUCCCAUUGCGUUGGUAUGGGUUACCAGUGAGGAUGUCAUGCCCUAUGAUGAAGCAGUCAUCACCUGACCCUCCGAGGAUCACCUGCCAUGAUCAGGGCAUGAUCGUGAAAACGAGUUGGAUAGUCCCUGUUGCUAAAAUUGUAGUAAAUUUGGAUGGUAAAUGGGAGCCAUUGAUGAAGGCAUCAGCCAGAUGUGGGUUCAGUGUAGUCUUGCAUCCUGAAGGGGCAGUAAUCUCUGUUCGCUAUGCACCCUGUCUGGGCAUCAAGGAUGGCAUGUACACCCUUGAAUUGGCUGGUGAGGGAGAAACUAAAAUCUCCUGUCCAUCAUUGUCAGCUGUUUCAAAGUUUCCUGGGAAACCAUAUCAAGGGUCAGAGGAUAUCAAAGGACCCAAGUUGCCUCAACCUGCAGCUCAGGACACAAAAGCUCCCACUACUGUACAGCCAUCCCAAAAAUCAACCCCUUUUAUAGCGACAUCUGCAAGCCAGCCAGAGUCUGACAACCCUCAAGAACAAUUACAACAGCCUUUCUACCCCUCCUUCCCCUACUAUCCUCAGCCACAACCUGAAAAGCCAACUGCACCUCCCAUACCACCCCAGCCUGACACUCCUCAGGGCCAAGUACAGCAGCCCUUCCUCCCCUUUCCCCACUACCCUCAGCCAGUGCCUGAAAAGCAAACUUCCGCUCCCAAACCUCCACAGCCUGACGCCCCACAGGACCCAGUACAGCAGCCCUUCUUCCCCUUCCCCUACUACCCUCAGCCAGAGACUGAACAGCUAACUGCUGCUCCCAAACCUCCACAGCCUGACGCCCCACAGGUCCCAGUACAGCAUACCUUCUACCCCUUUCCCAACUACCCUCAGCCAGCACCUAACCAGCCAACUGCAGCCCCCAAACCUCCCCAGCCUGACGCCCCACAGGGCCCAGUACAGCAGCCCUUCUACCCCUUCCCCUACGACCCUCAGCCAGCACCUAACCAGCCAACGGCUGCUCCCAAACCUCCACAGCCUGACGCCCCACAGGGCCCAGUACAGCAGCCCUUCUACCCCUUCCCCUACGACCCUCAGCCAGCACCUAACCAGCCAACGGCUGCUCCCAAACCUCCACAGCCUGAUGCCCCACAGGGCCCAGUACAGCAGCCCUUCUUCCCCUUCCCCCACUACCCUCAGCCAGCACCUAACCAGCCAACUGCAGCCCCCAAACCUCCCCAGCCUGACGCCCCCCAGGGCCCAGUACAGCAGCCCUUCUACCCCUUCCCCUACGACCCUCAGCCAGCACCUAACCAGCCAACUGCUGCUCCCAAACCUCCACAGCCGGACGCCCCACAGGGCCCAGUACAGCAGCCCUUCUUCCCCUUACCCUACAACCCUCAGCCAGCACCUAACCAGCCAACUGCUGCUCCCAAACCUCCACAGCCUGACGCCCCACAGAGCCCAGUACAGCAGCCCUUCUUCCCCUUCCCCCACUACCCUCAGCCAGCACCUAACCAGCCAACUGCAGCCCCCAAACCUCCCCAGCCUGACGCCCACAGGGCCCAGUACAGCAGCCCUUCUACCCCUUUCCCAACUACCCUCAGCCAGCACCUAACCAGCCAACUGCUGCUCCCAAACCUCCACAGCCUGACGCCCCACAGGGCCCAGUACAGCAGCCCUUCUACCCCUUUCCCAACUACCCUCAGCCAGCACCUAACCAGCCAACUGCAGCCCCCAAACCUCCCCAGCCUGACGCCCCACAGGGCCCAGUACAGCAGCCCUUCUACCCCUUCCCCUACGACCCUCAGCCAGCACCUAACCAGCCAACGGCUGCUCCCAAACCUCCACAGCCUGACGCCCCACAGGGCCCAGUACAGCAGCCCUUCUUCCCCUUCCCCCACUACCCUCAGCCAGCACCUAACCAGCCAACUGCAGCCCCCCAAACCUCCACAGCCUGACGCCCCACAGGGCCCAGUACAGCAGCCCUUCUACCCCUUCCCCUACGACCCUCAGCCAGCACCUAACCAGCCAACUGCUGCUCCCAAACCUCCACAGCCUGACGCCCCACAGAGCCCAGUACAGCAGCCCUUCUUCCCCUUUCCCCACUACCCUCAGCCAGCACCUAACCAGCCAACUGCAGCCCCCAAACCUCCCCAGCCUGAUGCCCCACAGGGCCCAGUACAGCAGCCCUUCUACCCCUUCCCCUACGACCCUCAGCCAGCACCUAACCAGCCAACUGCUGCUCCCAAACCUCCACAGCCUGACGCCCCACAGGGCCCAGUACAGCAGCCCUUCUACCCCUUUCCCAACUACCCUCAGCCAGCACCUAACCAGCCAACUGCAGCCCCCAAACCUCCCCAGCCUGACGCCCCACAGGGCCCAGUACAGCAGCCCUUCUACCCCUUCCCCUACGACCCUCAGCCAGCACCUAACCAGCCAACUGCUGCUCCCAAACCUCCACAGCCUGACGCCCCACAGGGCCCAGUACAGCAGCCCUUCUUCCCCUUACCCUAUUACCCUCAGCCAGCACCUAACCAGCCAACAGCUGCUCCCAAACCUCCACAGCCUGACGCCCCACAGGGCCCAAGACUGAACAACCAACUGCUGCUCCCAAACCUCCACAGCCUGACGCCCCACAGGGCCCAGUACAGUACCCUCAGCCAGUGCCUGAAAGGCCAACUUCCACUCCCAAACCUCCACAGCCUGACACCCCAGAGGGCCCAGUACAACCGCCCUUCUUCCCCUUCCCCUACUACCCUCAGCCAGAGACUGAACAGCCAACUGCUGCUCCCAAACCUCCACAGCCUGAUGCCCCACAGGGCCCAGUACAGCAGCCCUUCUUCCCCUUCCCCUACUACCCUCAGCCAGAGACUGAAAAGUCAACUGCUGCUCCCAAACCUCCACAGCCUGACGCCCCACAGGGCCCAGUACAGCAGCCCUUCUACCCCUUCCCCUACGACCCUCAGCCAGCACCUAACCAGCCAACUGCUGCUCACAAACCUCCACAUCCUGACGCCCCACAGGGCCCAGUACAGCAGCCCUUCUACCCCUUUCCCAACUACCCUCAGCCAGCACCUAACCAGCCAACUGCAGCCCCCAAACCACCCCAGCCUGAUGCCCCACAGGGCCCAGUACAGCAGCCCUUCUACCCCUUCCCCUACGACCCUCAGCCAGCACCUAACCAGCCAACUGCUGCUCCCAAACCUCCACAGCCUGACGCCCCACAGGGCCCAGUACAGCAGCCCUUCUACCCCUUUCCCAACUACCCUCAGCCAACACCUAACCAGCCAACUGCAGCCCCCAAACUUCCCCAGCCUGACGCCCCACAGGGCCCAGUACAGCAGCCCUUCUACCCCUUCCCCUACGACCCUCAGCCAGCACCUAAACCAGCCAACUGCUGCUCCCAAACCUCCACAGCCUGACGCCCCACAGGGCCCAGUACAGCAGCCCUUCUUCCCCUUCCCCCACUACCCUCAGCCAGCACCUAACCAGCCAACUGCAGCCCCCAAACCUCCCCAGCCUGACGCCCCACAGGGCCCACACCUAACCAGCCAACUGCUGCUCCCAAACCUCCACAGCCGGACGCCCCACAGGGCCCAGUACCGCAGCCCUUCUUCCCCUUACCCUAUUACCCUCAGCCAGCACCUAACCAGCCAACUGCUGCUCCCAAACCUCCACAGCCUGACGCCCCACAGGGCCCAGUACAGCAGCCCUUCUUCCCCUUUCCCCACUACCCUCAGCCAGAGACUGAACAACCAACUGCUGCUCCCAAACCUCCACAGCCUGAUGCCCCACAGGGCCCAGUACAGUACCCUCAGCCAGUGCCUGAAAGGCCAACUUCCACUCCCAAACCUCCACAGCCUGACACCCCAGAGGGCCCAGUACAAUUGCCCUUCUUUCCCCUUCCCCUACUACCCUCAGCCAGAGACUGAACAGCCAACUGCUGCUCCCAAACCUCCACAGCCUGAUGCCCCACAGGGUCCAGUACAGCAGCCCUUCUUCCCCUUCCCCUACUACCCUCAGCCAGAGACUGAAAAGUCAACUGCUGCUCCCAAACCUCCACAGCCUGACGCCCCACAGGGCCCAGUAAAGCAGCCCUUCUACCCCUUUCCCCACUACCCUCAGCAAGAGACUGAAAAGCAAACUACUGCCCCACAGCCUGAAAAGGCAAUGGAUGCUCCUAAACAACCACAGCUACAACCCAUAUAUUCACAACUUGUAACUUUACCCCCUGCUACCACCUUGCAGCAACCACAACAGGUCACAGCUCACUCAACAGGCAUUCCAUACAUGCCACCCAUGUACUGUCCUCAGUUCUGCCCAGCUGGAAUUUCUAAUUGCUGUCCUCAAAUUGCUUUUCAUCAACAUCUCCAUCAAAUAGUCCCUGCUGGACUUGGCAUUCCAGAUUCACCUUCAUUCCAUUCAGGACUGCCUUUCCUUCCUUCAAAGGCAUAUUCUGGUUUUGGCAAGGGCUUGGGAUUUGCCCCAAAGCCAACUGAAACAUCAAUGCAACCUACCACAACUCAGUCCCUUCCAUCUCAACAUGAAAAGCCAACUUCCGCUCCCAAACCUCCACAGCCUGACGCUCCACAGGGCCCAGUACAGAAGCCCUUCUACCUCUUCCCCAACUACCCUCAGCCAGAGCCUGAACAGCCAACUGCAGCCCCCAAACCUCCACAGCUUGAUGCCCCACAGGGCCCAGUACAGCAUCCCUUCCACCCCCUCCCCCACUACCCUCAGCCAGCACCUAACCAGCCAAAUGCAGCCCCCAAACCUCCCAGCCUGACGCCCCACAGGGCCCAGUACAGCAGCCCUUCUUCCCCUUCCCCCACUACCCUCAGCCAGAGACUGAACAGCCAACUGCUGCUCCCAAACCUCCACAUCCUGACGCCCCACAGGGCCCAGUACAGCAGCCCUUCUACCCCUUUCCCAACUACCCUCAGCCAGCACCUAACCAGCCAACUGCAGCCCCCAAACCUCCACAGCCUGACGCCCCACAGGGCCCAGUACAGCAGCCCUUCUAACCCCUUCCCCUACGACCCUCAGCCAGCACCUAACCAGCCAACUGCUGCUCCCAAACCUCCACAGCCUGACGCCCCACAGGGCCCAGUACAGCAGCCCUUCUUUCCCUUCCCCCACUACCCUCAGCCAGAGACUGAAAAGCAAACUACUGCCCCACAGCCUGAAAAGGCAAUGGAUGCUCCUAAACAACCACAGCUACAACCCAUAUAUUCACAACUUGUAACUUUACCCCCUGCUACCACCUUGCAGCAACCACAACAGGUCACAGCUCACUCAACAGGCAUUCCAUACAUGCCAUCCAUGUACUGUCCUCAGUUCUGCCCAUCUGGUAUUUCUAAUUGCUGUCCACAAAUUGCUUUUCAUCAACAUCUCCAUCAAAUAGUCCCUGCUGGACUUGGCAUUCCAGAUUCACCUUCAUUCCAUUCAGGACUGCCUUUCCUUCUUUCAAUGGCAUAUUCUGGUUUUGGCAAGGGCUUGGGAUUUGCCCCAAAGCCAACUGAAACAUCAAUGCAACCUACCACAACAACAUCUUCACCUAUACCUCAGUCCCUUCCAUCUCGACAUGAAAAGAAACCAAAUGUCCAACCACUGGAUGGCAUUCCUGCUGCAAACCAUGAUGAUUUAAUCAACCCAACAAAACCUGAAUGGUCAGUUUAUCCUUAUAGUGUACCAGGAUCAGCUUAUCCUAAUUUGCAAUAUUUACCACAAGGCCAAUUGCCAUUUAAAUACAAUGUGCCUUCUAGACCACAGGCUCCAGGUAAUGAACCAGUUAAUCAAGUGCUGCAAUAUGAGCCAUAUAACAUACAGGCCCAAAAGGGCCAAUUAUCACCCAGGGGCAUGAGUUAUCCAUCAGGGCCUAAUUUCAUGUCCCAUAUUGGCCAAUACUUACAACUGCAGCAUAAAGCAAAGCGGGGAAAUGUGCUUCCGGCCAAGGAACUACAGCCAUCCAACAAAAAAUCCAGUCUAUCUAAAGGUCCUGAACCUGAUCGUCUUCUGGUCCCGUACUACAUGCUUCAAGAUGCUCAAACGCGUACCGAUAACAAAUCAAGGGCCUCUGGCAACGCCUCACAGCCAUAUGUGACUGCCUCAAAGAAAGUAAAUGAACAUGAGCAGACUGUGCACUCUUCUGAACCAAAGAGUUAUGUGCUUCUACACAGCAUGGCCCACCAGGAAGGGAGUCUGAUGAUGAUCCAAAAGGACUGAGCCAACUGCUUCAGAGAUGGGGUAUGAAAAAGGAAACAGAAAUGAGUCCUUAAAUGUGAAUAAACUAUUUAAAU